AUGCUUGACACGCUAUCAAUGUGUGUAACCGGAGUCAUCUCCGUCUUACGAAAUUACAUGGUUGCAAAGGUACUUUUAUGGCACUUCAGUGGCCGAAGGGCGGCUCGGAGAGGGGUAGCAUUGGCCGGCCACUCGGCAUGGAAUCUGGCCGGAUUGGUUCGGGCACGCGGCAUGGAAUCUGACCGCUUGAUUCACGUAAAGUCCGUCGGCUUUGCGUCCCCGACAGUCAUGCCCGUCACUCCUAGGCUCCGCUCCGCAUGCGAUGCGUGUCAUCAGCUGAAGGUGCGAUGCUCCGGAUAUCUGCCUUGCGAUUCAUGCACGGAAUCGUGCAGAACAUGUGUCUUUAGCCCUGCAAGUGUGCCAUCCGACAAUUCGUCAAGUCCGAAAAGCAGUGGUCAAUCUUCAGUCACUGACGUGCAUUCCAUAUCCUGGACCACAUCCCCGUUUGAAUAUGCUCUGCCAUUCCCGGAAGAUAAAUGGGGUUUGCAAGAAGAUUUCGCUGCUGCAAAUAUGCCCCGGGGUAUCUUUCACCACGAAGAGAUGUUUGAGAAAGAACAUGAGCCGACCUUUUCCGGUGCCUCAGUAGUAGGCCAGUCAGAAUCUAUCAGGCAAUUUGCGUCCCAACCGACGACAUUACCAAUUUCGAUAGAGCUCUCUUAA